CUGUCUAGCAGCUAGGCCGCAAGUCGAUGGCGGCCCCGGCGCCUCACGUCGCGGUGAGCGCCGCCGCCGUCCUCCUCCUCCUCCCGUUCCUCCUCGCGCCCCUCGCCGUCGCGCAGCCGCCCAAGAGCGCCAAGGCGUUCUGCAUUAGCCAGUUCGCCAUCGCUAGCCAGGCCUGUUCUAUCCUGCCGCCGAGUCCACCCGACGAGCACCACCACCACGACGAUGAGGACGACGACGACGACGACGAGCAUGAUGACCGCAGCGACCGCCGCAGCCACCACGCGGCGGCCAUCAGCAUCUCGGGCCUGCUGGCGAGCAAUAACGGCAGCCACGGCGUCGUCUCUGGGAACCGCACCGUUGGUCACCACCCACACCAAGGCAACCGCACCCGCGGCGGGCACGGGCGCGGGCGCGGGCGAGGCCGUGGGCGUGGCCGACGUGGGCGUCUGCGGGAUGACGACGACAACCAUGACGCCGACGAUCCUGACCACGACGAUGACCAUGACGACGAUGAUGACCACGACGACCACCAUGACACCGACGACCCAGAUCACGACGACGACCACGACAAUGAUGACGACGACGACGACGACGAUGACCACGAUCACGAACACCACGACGAGGAGCUCCGCGCGUACCGCGACUGCUGCCGAUGGCUCAAAGAGGUGCAGAAGGAAUGCGUCUGCGAGGCGCUGCUGCGGCUGCCCCCCUUCCUCGUCAAGCCGCAGCACACUUACGUUGUCAGGGUCGGCAGGACGUGCAAUAUCACCUACCGCUGCGGCGGCGUCUAGCUAGCUCCAUCUCCAUCUCCAUGUCGCUGCUGGCCGCACAUCCACCGUACGACGUCCAUGUAGCCGCCGCUCAUGGCCGGAGUUCCAUUAACUGCUGCCGCGCGCGUGCUUUCUUUACGAUUACAUGCAUGAUGUCUCGUCAUUUUGUUCACGUAUGUUAUAUAAAUAUAUAUAUGUUAGGUAGACAUGGGGUGUUUGAUUUAGAUAUGUGGUUGCAAUGUUGGUUGUCCACGUCCCGUAGUUUUGAAUGAUAACGCAACCCCUG